AUGGCUCCGAGCAUUCGGAAAGCGAUCGGAGCCGUCAAGGACCAAACGAGCAUCGGGAUCGCGAAAGUCGCCAGCAACAUGGCUCCAGAUCUGGAAGUAGCGAUCGUGAAAGCAACAAGCCACGACGACGACCCCGCCGGCGAGAAAUACAUCCGCGAGAUCCUAAACCUAACCUCCCUCUCCCGCGGCUACAUCCUCGCCUGCGUAACCUCCGUCUCCCGCCGACUGUCGAAGACUCGCGACUGGGUCGUCGCUCUCAAGGCCCUCAUGCUCGUCCACCGUCUCCUCAACGAAGGAGACCCGAUUUUCCAGGAAGAGAUCCUCUACUCGACGAGACGCGGCACGAGGAUGCUCAACAUGUCCGAUUUCCGCGACGAGGCGCACUCGAGCUCGUGGGAUCACUCGGCGUUCGUGAGAACCUACGCCGCUUAUCUGGAUCAGAGGCUCGAAUUAGCCUUGUUCGAGAGGAAGAGCGGUUCGAAAGUGAACAGCGGUGGGAGUAGUAGCCACCAUAGCAAUAACGAUGAUCGAUACGGUAGAGGAAGAGACGAUUUCCGAUCUCCGCCUCCGCCGCCGAGAUCUUACGAUUAUGAGAACGGUGGUGGUGAUGGUAAUGGUUACGGCGGUGUGCCGAAGAGAUCUCGAUCUUACGGAGAUAUGACUGAAUUCGGAGGGAGAGGAGAUGAGAAGAAAGCGGUUACGCCGUUACGGGAAAUGACGCCGGAGCGGAUAUUCGGGAAGAUGAGUCAUUUGCAGAGGCUGCUUGACCGGUUUUUGAAUUUGAGACCGACCGGUUUAGCUAAGAACAGUAGGAUGAUAUUGAUCGCGUUGUACCCGGUCGUGAGGGAGAGUUUUAAGCUAUACGCUGAUAUCUGCGAGGUGUUGGCGGUUUUGCUGGAUAAGUUUUUCGAUAUGGAGUAUACGGAUUGCGUCAAGGCGUUUGAUGCUUACGCGAGCGCGGCGAAGCAGAUUGAUGAGCUGGUUGCGUUUUAUAAUUGGUGUAAGGAGACCGGUGUGGCGAGGUCGUCGGAGUAUCCGGAGGUUCAGAGGAUAACGAGUAAGUUGUUGGAGACGUUGGAGGAGUUUGUUAGAGAUAGAGCGAAGAGAGGGAAGAGUCCCGAGAGGAAAGAGAUCGAAGCUCCUCCUCCGGAGGAGGAGGUGGUUCAAGAAGAACCUGAUAUGAACGAGAUCAAAGCGCUUCCUCCUCCGGAGAAUUGGUCUCCUCCGCCACCGCCGGAGCCGGAGCCUCAGCCGGUAAAACCGGAGUUCACGGAGGAUUUGGUUAACUUGAGGGAGGAUGCAGUCAGCGCUGAUGACCAAGGGAACAAGUUCGCGCUCGCGUUGUUCGCCGGUCCGCCGGGUGGUGGUAACGGGAAAUGGGAAGCGUUCCCGUCGAACGGAGUGACUUCCGCUUGGCAGAAUCCUGCGGCGGAGCAAGGGAAAGCGGAUUGGGAGUUGGCGUUGGUGGAGACAGCUAGCAACUUGGAGAAACAGACAGCGGCUUUGGGCGGUGGGUUUGAUUCGUUGCUGCUCAACGGUAUGUACGACCAAGGAGUGGUUAGGCAGCACGUGAGCACCUCGGAGUUAACCGGCGGCAGCGCGAGCAGCGUGGCUUUACCUUUACCGGGGAAAACCAACACUCAAAUGUUGGCCUUACCGGCACCGGAUGGAACCGUGGAGAGAGUGAACCAAGACCCGUUCGCGGCUUCGCUAACCAUCCCACCGCCUUCUUACGUGCAAAUGGCUGAGAUGGAGAAGAAGCAGUAUCUGUUGAGCCAAGAGCAGCAGCUGUGGCAGCAGUACCAGCGUGAAGGGAUGAGAGGUCAAGCGAGUUUGGCGAAGAUGAAUACCGGUCCGGGUCCAGUUGGAAUGCCUUAUGGAAUGCCACCGGUUAAUGGGAUGGGACCGCCGCCGACGGGGUAUUACUACAACAAUCCUUACUGA